GAGUUUCAGCUGAGAUCAAUAUGGCGUCGAGCGGCGAGGAACGUCACUUCCCGUGUUGCUUCCGGUUUGCACGAGCGGCCUGUUUCAAUAACAAUAAAGGAAAGUGAAACGGAGGAUUGCUUCACUUGUUCUGUCAGCGUCGUUUAGGUUAGCAAUGCCUGUGUGUGAUAUCUGCUGUGAAGAGCUUCUGUCAGAAGCAGACCUGAAGACACACCUCCUCCUCAGUCACCUAGAGAAUGAGAUGACCUGCCCGUUCUGCUCACUGUCAGGAGUCUCUUAUGAUGAACUGAGCUUCCACAUUAACACAGCACACGUAGAGGACGACUGCCAGGUUGACAGUAGUCAAAGAACCUCAAAUGGCCUUCCCAAAUGUGAAAUAAACUCCACAAGGACUGCCACUUCUAAAAAUUCUUUGGAAGCUUGUAUGCACAAGGUUUCUCAACCACUACCUCAGUCAUCUUUCCACUCGACACCCUCUCAGGUCAAUGAGAUGGCUACUCAAAAUACAGGGGCCACUCUUUCUCAAAAAACAUUGUCGAGAGUGAAAAGUUCACCGCCGGCAGCAGACACGGCGAGUGGUGUGUUUAAACCGGGCAGAAGUACACAACCACUCAGCAACUAUAAGGAAAAAAGCUGUAAGAAAGAACAAGGGCAUCGCAAAUCGAAGCAAAUGCGCUUGUCGUCACCUAAUAAAGAGGGUCGGUUUCCAUGUCCGAUGUGCAGUCAUGUCUUUAGUGACUGCUUUAUUCUGCAGGAGCACGUUGAGACGCAUCUUCAGGAUCAAGACGUGGCUGAAGGGGCUGUUCCUGAUGUUGGAACAUCAACAGAAUGUUGUUCUACCGGAAACAGUAGAUUUGGUUCAGCACGUUACGUGUGUCCACUGUGUUCUCUGAGCUGUUUCGACAGCAGUUCACUGCAGGAGCAUGUCGAUCUACACAUGCAAUAUGACUCAAACUCUGCAGCAGGAAAUGAUGGUGAUCUAAAUCUGGCCAGGAAGCUUCAGGAUGAGGAGGAGCAAAAAUGGAAAGAGGCAGAAACGAGGAGAGAAGCUGAGGAGUUUAAGAAACUCCAGAGGCAGUUUGGUCUUGAUAACAGUGGUGGUUAUCGUAAGCAGAUGGAGAAAAAUAUGGAACGGUCUGUGUCUCGAGGUCAAAUGGUUCCAGCAGAGUUUCACAGGAAGAGGGCGGAGAUGCUGGAGUCUCUGGCCUCUGGGGUGGACGAUGGCCGAAGCAAAACAUCAGGACUUAUGACAGCUCUGUAUAAACACUACCAGAGAGAAGUCUCUGACUGUGCUCAUGUGUGGCUUUGUGCGGAGACCGAUCACUACUCUGCUUCAGAAGGGGAUAAAGGAUGGGGAUGUGGCUACAGAAACUUCCAAAUGCUUCUUUCAUCACUACAAAGGAUGGAGCAGUAUAAUGUUUUACCUGCUGAAGUUCCCAGUAUUCCAAGGGUGCAAGGCAUGAUCGAGGAGGCAUGGAGCCAGGGCGCAGAUCCUCAAGGUGCUUCUCAUUUCAAUCAUCGACUGCAGGGGACAAGAGCUUGGAUAGGAGCUACAGAAAUCUUUGCAAUUCUUACCUCUCUUAGUGUCAAAGCCCGAAUUGUGGAUUUUCACAAGGCCACUGGUCCUGGAGGCACGCAUCCCAAUCUAUUUGAGUGGAUUAAACGGUAUUUCUCACACUCUGCCAGUAGAGGUGCAAGACUGCCACCUAGGAUAGUGCAGACGUCAUUACCACCUGUAUACCUCCAGCACCAAGGCCACAGUCGCUCCAUAGUGGGAGUUGAACAGAAAUCGAACGGCACCCUGUGUCUACUGCUCUUUGAUCCGGGCCUUGCACCCGGGGAAAUGAGGCGAUUACUUUCACAGGAUACAGCGUCUGCCAUGGUACGCCGUAUGCGCAAGUUUCCCGGUGCCCUCAAACACAGACAGUAUCAGGUGGUGGCUGUGCAGGGAGUGCUAACACCUGAAGAAAAACAGAGCUGCAUUCUUAAUUCAAGAACACUGUGUGCUGAGAAAAUUCCCUGAAUCCAUUGUGGAGAUCUGCUGACUGCGUGUGUCCAUCAAUUGUACUGUAUCUUCUAGUCCCAGCUAGUUUUAAUUUCUAGUCUUGUGAAACAAACUGUGAAACUGUUUAUUUUGUACAAAUGUUCAUGAUAAAUAAUAAAUGUGUUUUAUUAUACUAA